UUGAGGGAGGGUAUCACCAUCACCGACGCCUCCGCACCCGACCAUCCCAUCGUUUACACGAAUAAGGCCUUUCUGUCCAUGACCGGCUACAGCCGCGAGGAGGUCGUGGGUCGCAACUGCCGCUUCCUUCAGGGCCGCGACACGAGCCCGGCUGCCGUACGAACCAUUCGAGAGGCCCUCGCCCGCCACCAGCCGGUUACCGUACAGCUGCUCAAUUACACUCGGGAUGGUACGGCGUUCUGGAACGAGCUGCGGUUGGAGCCGGUAGUUGCGCCGUACUCUGGGAAGCUGCUGGCGUACAUUGGCGUACAGCAUGACGUCACU